UUGCCACUACCAGGAACCUCGGUAGGGGACACAGUUUCUUGCGAAAUUGUGGACCGCGGAAUACCGCCUGGAUUUGAUUGGAAAACAAUGAUGAGCAAGACCUGAGGUUCCUAUAGAACUGCUCUUCGGCCACCGAUUUGGGUGGAAUGGGAUGAUGAGGACCUGGUUUGGGACUUUGUCAUGAGCAAAGGAAUUUGACUGGAAAUUGGGGUUUUUUGAGGAAAAUCGAUCUGGACUUUUUUGUUAAUGUAUUUUUUUCCAGAAAAGUUCACAUCAAUCAAUACAACUCGCCGAAAAAAUCGCUCGAUCAAGACCUGAAAGUUGUGAAAAUGUUGAUCGUGAGUGAAAAAAAUAAUUUGAACUUCUGAAAUUUCAUUUUGAAACUAAUAAAAGUCGCUUCUUUUUUCUUGAUUUUCUUUAGCUAGAAAAUCUUGAAAACUGGUUGAUUUUAUCAGUUCCAAAAUGAAAUUCCAGCUGGGACGCGGAAGCUAUGCCCAAUUUUUGAAUUUUUAUUGAAAGACUUGUUUUUUUCAGCUCGAAAUCAACAAUUCAAAGCGGAUUUGAGAAAUUUUGGAAUUGGUAAGUUCUACGAAAAACGUUUCAAAAAAAAAAACAAAAAAACAAAACAAAAAAUGGCCGAGUGUGUCGGCUCCUAGGCCGCGAAACAUAUUUUUCUCUUUCAUGGCGAGAGUGCGAUAGAGCGAGGUUGGUACUAAAAUGCCAAUAAAAAGUUUAUGCUGGUGAAUUACAGUAAUAAAAUGUGAAUAACUUUCAGAUAGCUGAGAGUUAGUCUAUCUUGUCCGGAUUUUUUUCGAGAAUGACUAACCAAGAUCAAAUCAUGACAAAGUUAUAUUAAAAAUUCAGAAAAAAUUUUAGGAAUUACGCAAAAUCAAGGUUCACUAUAUUUUUCACCUGUUUUCCAACUUUUAUUGACGUAAAAACGAAAAUUCCUUCGGGAUUUCAAAAUUAUUUUUCCCAACUACCAAAAACUAAUAAGAAAAUAUAAAAUACAAGGCAAAAAAACUAUUUUGGAUAAAUUCUUAACCCUUAAAAACACCCUAUUUUGACUCCGAAAUGUCCGCCAACUGUUGUUCUUUUUGUUUUCGUUUGCGAUGCGCCCAAAUUAAUUUAUGAGACUUUUAAGAAAUGCCUCCAAAUGUGAUCCAAUGAUUUAUUGUUUAUAAAAUAACUAGGUGAUGAAUUUAGGGCAACUUCUACAGUAAUCCAUGUUGUUUUCUUGUUUUCCAGACAGACUUGUUUUCUGAUAUGAACAAAAUUUCUUUGAAAAGAAUAAAAUUCAAAUAUUUCCUCGUUAGGUUUCUAAGAACCUUUCUUUUGUUGAUUUGUGUGUUGGCGCCAAAAAAUUUCACAAAAAGGAGAAAAAUUCGGGCUCACUGAUUUAUUAGGUUCAAAAAAGAUUGAAUAGUUUGCUAAUUAAGCAAGGCGCGAAAAAGCACGAGCGCGCGCCCGCCAAAAAUUUGCUCAUUGUCACUUUUGAAUUUCAAAAAGCUCCGCGUUUCUCUGCUCAAGGUUGACGGAUUACUGUAAGGUGGGUAUUUUUAGGGCCAAAAAUAGAUGUGUUUUGAAUAUUUAUCUAACAACUAGGGCUGGCUACUUGCCAUAGAAACUCUCUAGGCGCGGCUUCUAGACAUUUAGGUUCUCUAGGCGCGGCUACUUGUCGAAUAUGUUCUCUAAGCGCUAAUCCUAAACAAUAAGGGUCUCUAGGCAAGGCUCCUAGAUAACCAAGUUCCGUAGGCACGUCUGCUAGACAACUGGAUUUUCUAACUGCGACUACUUGACAACUAGAAACCCAAGAGUUGGCUACUUGACAUAGAAGCUCUCAAGACGCGGCUCCUAGACAAUUAAGUUCUCUAGGCGCGGCUACUUGACAUAGAAGCUCUCUAGGCGCGGCUCCGUGGCAGAGUGGAUCUCUAGGCGCUGCUCCUUGACAAUAAGGUUCUCUAGGCGCGGCUACUUGUCAACUAGGCUUUCUAGGCUUUAAAAAAAAAUAAUUCAAAAAAGUAAUCGAGGAAAAAAAUUCAAGUGAAUUGAUUUUUGUUUUCGAAGAUUAGGAUUAUUUUUUGAUCUCAUAAUAAACUUUCAAAACAAUUUCAUUCAAUUAGGUUUUUGAUUCUUCAAAUUUCAAAAAACCGUGGGUGGAAUAAGAACUUAAAGAGAAAAAUUUCCAGAACUUUCAGAAAGGAUUACAGAAAAGUUUCUGAAAAUUUUGAGACCCCUCUUCAAGCUGUUUCCAAAAAUUUCCCAGACAUUUUUUCAAAAUUUUGUCACCCCCUCUCUCAUUUUUUGGCCACCUCGUCAUCAUAAUUUCUCGAAUCAGUAUAAAAUAAUAAAAAAAUCACGCUCCACCGAUUUUCGAACCACCCCGCCAUGUGUAAAUUGAUCUUUCGACGCGACGAAUUGUGCACUUUAUUCAUAUAAACAAUAAAACAGGGGAAGGGACUCUUUUCUAAAUAUACACACACAUACACGUUACAAUAUAAAACAAUAAUAAUAAUACCUCAUUAAUAUGAGCAAUGUCAUUAAUCGGGUAAUUUUUGUUGCAGGCAGCAAUUAUGUUGAAUAUUAUUCGCGAGAAGAAAAGAAAACAAUCACAGGCGAAAAUACAAAGAAUCAAACCAGUCGAAUUGAGGCCGCAUUUGCAAUUUAGUGAGUUUUGGUGUGAAAAUUGGAAAAAAAAAGAAAAAAAGUUGUGCUCCGGGUGGGGAUGGAACCCUGGUUUUGCGAACAAAAAGCGCGCAUGCAUACCACUAGGCUACGCAACUGUUUCUUCUUCUGUCAAAAAUCUCGGAUAUAAAAUGCGAUUUUCGAAAUUUGUAUCGACCCCUCAAUUUCCGCGAAUUUUUCGAUUUUUGAAACCUGACACAACAUUUACAGUAGCGUGCAAAAAGAUACGAACACCCUGCAAUUGUAUCGUUUCACGGGACCUAGUGGUCCAAUCGUUCUGAAAUUUUUAGGGAGUGUUACUGGGGUCCCAAAAAGCCUUUUCUACAAGCGGGAUAUUGUAGUUACUAGCUGAAGAGUUUGAAGAACUCGGAUAUCAAACAUAAAUUUUUAGAUAUUCUCACAAAUUUCAAAACAUCGUUGAAAAAAUAUUUUUUUAGUCUCAAUCAUCAUCAACUUUCAUUUUUUAUGUCUUCAGGAAGACAUAAGCUCUUGAUUCCGACCUCAACUUAAUGAUUUCAUUACCUACAAGGCUCAUUCUGAAGGUUCCAGUAAGACCAUCCAGAGAAUCUGAAAAUGCACAAAUCUGGAUUAUUGAUGAUAUUUAAUCGUUGAAAUGUGUUCAAAACACUUUAAACUGGUCCAUUGAACCAUUCUACACAAAAUUCCAAUCAAAUUCCGAAGUUUUAACUCAACUCGCACAUCACUGAAUUUUCGAUGUUUUUCUAGAUCUUUGAUUCCACAUCAUCAACAACAUCAAAAUUGACCUUUUAUUGAUCGAACUUGUUCUUUAGAUGACUGUUCAUGUUUAUCAAGUGCCAUGAAUGUACUAGCAGUCGUAAUUUGAGUUUGCUAGAAGCUGAAAGCUGACCUCUAUGAAAACUCUUCAUUUUCAAUUGGUUUCCUUUAUAAAAUUACCCUAUUUUGGUAGUUCGAUGUUUAUCGAGCUGAUAUUGAGCCGAUGAAUUUUUUGAGUGGAAAUGAUGAAUUGUUCAGUGUUUAGAACUGCUUUAGGAAUUAGUUCGAUCAAUAAAAAGUCAAUUUUGUUGUUGUUGAUGAUGUGGAAUCAAAGAUCCAGAUAAACAUCGAAAAUGCAGUGAUGUGCGAGUUGAGUUAAAACUUCGGAAUUUGAUUGGAAUUUUGUGUAAAAUGGUUCAAAUGACUAGUUUAGAGUGUUUUGAACACAUUUCAACGAUGAAAUAUCAUCAAUAAUCCAGAUAUGUGCAUUUUCAGAUUUUCUGGAUGGUCUUCCUAGAACCUUCAGAAUGAGCCUUGUAGGUAAUGAAAUCAUUAAGUUGAGGUCGGAAUCAAGAGCUUAUGUCUUCCUGAAGACAUAAAAAAUGAAAGUUGAUGAUGAUUGAGACUAAAAAAAUAUUUUUUCAACGAUGUUUUGAAAUUUGUGAGAAUAUCUAAAAAUUGAUGUUUGAUAUCCGAGUUCUUCAAACUCUUCAGCUAGUAACUACAAUAUCCCGCUUGUAGAAAAAAGCUUUUUGGGACCCCAGUAACACUCCCUAAAAAUUUCAGAACGAUUGGACCACUAGGUCCCGUGAAACGAUACAAUUGCAGGGUGUUCGUAUCUUUUUGCACGCUACUGUAUAUAAUAUGAUUUUAAUAAAUAUAAAUGAAUCGGAAAAAUUAAACAAAAUUUGACCUCCAGGCAAAAAAUGUUUAGAUCAUCCUCUUCCCCCACAUUUCCUACUAACAUGCAAAAAAAACUAUUUUUAACCCCUGUCUAAAAAUUUUCAGAAAACGGAAAAAAAAUUCUCUAAUUUGACCUGAAGUUUGUCAAUCUUCCGUCUUUCAUAUCACAUGAGAAACCUACUCCUUUCGGUGUCUCUCAUUUUCCCACACUCUCUAAUUUUUUCCAGAAAAAAUAGUUUCAUGGCUGAAAGACAUGAUUGUAACAUUAGAUACUCAGCCAAGGAAGAAGAGAAAAAAACUCUUGGGUACGCAGACAAAGUGCUUCUUGUGAAAAAAAACGUUUUGCAAAUAUUUGAAAACCACCCGCGACGAAAUAUUCCUUUCGCUUUGUUUGUUUUGUUCAGCGAGAUUUUCGACUAAUUGUUUUUUAUCCUUGGUUUUUAGUGCCUUAUUAAGGUGUAUGCUGAAAAUUCCACCAAAAAUGCAUUCUAAUAACACACAAAAAAGCAAAAAGAUCUUCGUCUUGUGAAAAAAAGUGCAACAUGGAAGCGUCUCCUAGUUCUCUGAUCGCCGGCGGCAAAAAAUGCUUGGGUGGUCGUGUCUGCGUCUCUUCUACGCUUCUAUACUAUUUCAUCAUUUCAUCGUCGCAACAUUCGAAUGUUCGAAAAAAAAGUGUAUUUGGCCUUUUCUCUGUCCUCUCUUCGUUCAUUUCUUUUCUUUUUCGUUCGUUCGUUUUUUCGGCGAUGGUGUUCUCUUCUUCUUGUCUAUGUACUUUUUUGCUUUUUUUUGAAUAGAAUUGAUUUCGAUUCUACUUAUUUUGCAUAUGUAUUUUCAUCAAUUUAUUCGUUGUUCGCUGAGAGUUCGCUAGAGCAAACUUGUUCGUCUGUAUUAACAAGAAAUACUUUUGUUUUCCGGUUUUUUUUAAAGUUUUCUUUGUUUCCCUCGUGUCUUGGAAGCUGCUUUGUUUUAUUCUUCAAUUCAAUUUGUGAUAAGUUUCAUUUCUGAUGAAUAUUUAUUUUGGCGAACGCGUUCUUUGAAAAUAGAAGCUUCCGCAACAAAAAGUCGGCCAAGUUCAUUUCUCAAAAAAAAAGAAAACCUUAAAAUUUUAUCGCCCAUUGCAAAAAACGACGAUUAAAACGCGACUAAGAAGAAGAAAAGAGACAUGUUUUUUGGUGGGUCAUAAAUUUUCAGUGUCCCAAUCGAUCUGGUUUCAAUCUAACUGCCCUUUUUUCUUCAUCUUCUUCUUCUUCGUUUUCGUAUUUUAUAAAAGCUAUAAAUCUUAUUUCAGGGCGCCGCGCGUCCCGCGCAAAAUAGAAUUGAAUAGGGCACAAUUAUUUCUCAUCUUCUUCAUGAUUUCAUUUUUUUCGAAAUAAGAAAGUUAUAAUUAGUCUUAUGAGCAAGCGAUACGUUUUUAAUUGAUAGUUAGUUUAUGAGUGCAACUACGGUAAUUCGGAUUUUUGAGCUUUUCCCACGUAGCUCCGCCUUUUCUCUUCGCCUUGGGGAAUAUAACCCCCUUUAGAAAAUAAACGCAACAUUUCUAAAGGGAACACCCCGUUGUCCAGAUGUUUUUUCUUCUUCCUCAUUUUGCCCUCUUCUCUCUUUUUGAGCUCGGCGAUGUUUCUUUUCCUCUUCUUUCUCUCCUCACUCGUCAUGUCUCGAGGCCAAAAGGCUGAAAAUGUUAGCUGAAACAGCAGCAGCAGCACUACUAUAUAGAUUUCUUCUGAUCAAAAAGCGAGAACGAGAGUCUAGACGGGUAGAAAGGCGGGUAGAGACAGAGAGACGGAUGAUUUUCAGAGGAGCAGUCGUUCCUCUUUUUUUUCCUUCACACAACAUUUCCUUUGCUCGAAGAGUGCGCGAGAAUCCGAUAUUGGCCACGCCCACAUUUUUCGCCUUUCUUGAAAUUGGCACUGGAGAAAAAAAAUGUGUGUGAGAGCGCUUUUCUUGAUUGAAUUAGUUUUUCGUUAGUGAACCUAACCUAUACUUUUGUUCUGCUUUGUGUUCCUUUUUCUCAAAACUUCAGAUUGAAAGAAUUUCGGAUCUAGAUCUAGUCUUCUGCUUCAAGUGACUGGGUGCAUCGAAAGGGGGAAACGGGAAUUGAACCCGUGACCCUGAGAUUGACAGCAGCCACCACUGCCACUGAGCCAUCUCCUCCAACAAAUUCUUGAAAUUUUUCUAUCAAGUUGGACCGGUUUUCUUAUCUCCCUUCACUUCACCUCGAAAAAAAUCGUAAUAAUCUUGCUCUGUCACCUCAUAUUUUUGUACCUUCCCAACUACAUAUUAUUGUAGUAGUACCGUAAUCAUCUCCAAGGCAACUAGCUCUAUAUUUAUCCGAUGACUGCACACCUCCCAGAAAGUGCAAAAUCGUCGGCUGAUCACUUUCUCUUCUCCGCCGCCGCCGCAUAACAAGAAAACCCAUAAAACAUGGCGACGGCGGCGGUGUCCCGCGACGAAUUUGAAAGAUUAUUGAGAUUUGAGAGAUAUAGAGAAAUUGUUCUGCUUUAAAUUAGCAAAAGGUCGAUCUAACGACUUUGUAUUUUGUUGCGAUUUCUACUUAACUACCGUAUACUUUUAGUUGCUUCGAGACCAACUACUCUCGCUAAUCACCACUCAUUUUUUCUUUUCGCUGGGCCCGAAGUCAUUUUGAGUAAAAAGAAGAAGAGAAAAAGUACAAGCCCAUAAAAGUGGGCGGGGUUUGUGUUUUAAGGGAGGAAAGUGUUCGUUUUUUUCUCCUUGGCGGAGGAGAUUUAUGGCAACAUUUUCUUUCCUAGGCACACUCACAAAAAAGUACUUCUUCUUCUCCAUCUUCUUUUCUUGUUUUUGUUUCCAUUCGUAAAAUUUUGUCGAGACUGAUUUUUAUCUAACAAAAAUACUCAUUUAUUUUGGGAAUUCUUUCGCGAGAAAAAAACUGUCUGGAAUUGAAUCUCUCGAAAUUUUUUUGUAGAUCAGAAAUGUAAAAAAAAACCUAGUUCCUCUGUUGUUUUUAGGCUCACAGAUCAUUUUUUUGAGAAGCCCAAACUUUCGUUUUUAGCAUUUUGAUCAUUUAGCAAUUUUGAACUUGAAAAUGGCGCGACACCUUUAAUUAGAGGUUUUGUUCUGCAAAUUAUACGUUUCACUGUGCCUAUUAUAAAUAUCCGAGCCCUAAAAAUAUCGAUAAAACUCAAAAGAGCACAUAUAAGGGCAUGUGCAUCUCAAAAAAACUGGAAUCUUUCAUAAAACGACUUUAUUUUCUAUUUUUCCCUGUCUGAACAGCAAACCUAAACAGGCACCAGUGAAAAGCACUUUGAGCGGGAUGCGAAAGUUGAGUAUCAAGCGAUCUUUGCAUUUUUUUUCAGAAAAAAAUUAUGAGUUUCGCGGAAAAGUUGUCUUUGCCAGAAGAAAAAAUUCAAAAAAAAAAGAAAUAAAAGUUUAUUCAUGAAAAAAUUGUAAAUUAUCGGUUUAUUCUUGAAUACUGUAGUUUUUCACAAUGUUGAAACGAUCUGCCAAAAUUGAAAAAUUGAAGCAAACUGACAAGAUUUGUUGAUGUUGUUGAUUGCAGGUUAUCUGAAAAAAGUUUGUUUUAAUUUUUUUUUGUUUUUCACAUUUGUUUAUUUAUUUUUGUACCGAAAGACUAUUUUUCGAAAAGCAUUAAAAAGAAUUCACGUUUUUUUCUGAGAAAAAUUUCAAAAAAUUCGCGUGAAGCGAGCAUGAUGCGAGAAAUUGAGAUUUUUGGAAUUUUGGUUUUGUUUUGUAUGAAUUUGAAAUUUUACGAAGACUAAAAAUAUUCAGAAGUAUUUUCCGAAAUUCAUUCAAAAAGUACUAUUCAACUUAUUAUCUCAACGCUAAAAAUGUUGACAAAAAAAACGGCUAAGCGAUUUAUCAUCAGUAGUUAGUAUGUAUUAAUAUCCAAACAACAGUAGUCAGAAAUUUAGAGAAAUCCGAAAAAAAAACUCUUUGAAAGGUUUUAUUAAUGCGAGAAAAACUCACUUUCAAAGUCCAAAUCGUAACUUGAGCAAUAGAGAAUAAAAAAUUUUAUUUUAUCGAAUUGAUUAUUUUUGAGAACCGAAAAUGCAUUCCACGAAUGUAGGUCACGCAAAAUUUUUUAAAUUCUGAUUUUAGUGGGAAAUUCCAAAGAAAAAGAUGAAAUUCUUUUUUUUUCACGUUGUGCCACGUGAACCAACAUGAAAAUUCUCAUUUCGUAUUUCAUAAAAAAUAGGGCGAUGAUCUUAUUGAGUUUUGUGAUCUUCUUGCUUGAAUGGUGAGUUUUCAACAAAGCUUCUUGAAAAAAAUAGUCGUUUUUCGUUCCUAACAAUAUACGAAACUUCUGAGUUUAGCAAAAAAAAAGGAAAACAUGUUAUAUAGUUUUUUGUUGACAAUUUCUGAUUAUUUUCGAAAUAUUUUACAAGAAAGCGAUCAUGAGAAAACGUAAAAUGUAAUCGAAAAAACUCGAAAUUUUUAUUUCUUUACAGUUCGUACUACUACUACUACUAUUUUACUUCAAAAAACCCCAUUUUCUUAGCAGUUUUUUUGUCAACAUUUUUAGCGUUGAGAUGAUAAGUUGAAUAGUACUUUUUGAAUGAAUCUCGGAAAAUACUUCUAAACAUUUUUAGUCUUUGUAAAAUUUCAAAUUCAUACAAAACAAAACCAAAAUUCCAAAAAUCUCAAUUUCUCGCAUCAUGCUCGCUUCACGCGAAUUUUUUGAAAUUUUUCUCAGAAAAAACGUGAAUUCUUUUUAAUGCUUUUCGAAAAAUAGCCUUUCGGUACAAAAAUAAAUAAACAAAUGUGAAAAACAAAAAAAAAUUAAAACAAACUUUUUCAGAUAACCUGCAAUCAACAACAUCAACAAAUCUUGUCAGUUUGCUUCAAUUUUUCAAUUUUGGCAGAUCGUUUCAACAUUGUGAAAAACUACAGUAUUCAAGAAUAAACGGAUAAUUUACAAUUUUUUCAUGAAUAAACUUUUAUUUCUUUUUUUUUGAAUUUUUUCUUCUGGCAAAGACAACUUUUCCGCGAAACUCAUAAUUUUUUUCUGAAAAAAAAUGCAAAGCACUUAAUUUCUCACAAAAAUCGAAAUUUCACUGGUUUCUAAAGAGUAUAUGAAUUAUCAAGCACAUUGAUCAAAAUUCUCUCCCGUGUACACAUUUUUUGUUUUACGUUGGAAACUAAUUUUAUGUCUGGUUUUAUGAAAGAUUCUAGUUUUUUUGAGAUGCUCAUGCCCUUAUAUAGCUCAGUGGUAGUGCUAGCUUUUGUCAACCUCAAGGUAUCUGGUUCAAUUCUCGGUGCCUGCCCUCUGCGUGUACCUUGGGUAUUGCCAGUUGUGUCCUAACCCACUCUGGCAUGUUUUCUCUGGCUCGGCGAGCAUUUUUUGGAUUUAAAAUAUCAGAGCUCAAUCUUCCUUGAUUAUUUCUCAAUUUCCGAAUCCCUUACCCCCAAAUUUUCUGGCGCCAGACCCCCCACGAUGAUUCUCCUCACAUUAUUUUAUUUCAUUGCGUUUUUUCCCAUAUUCUUCCCUCUUUUAUACGUCUUUGGGUCGAUUGAUCCAUAUAAAUUACCUCUUUCUGUUCCCAUAAAACGCCAAAGCCCCGCCCCUUUUCUCCUCCUAUUCCGCAACAUUCAAAUGCUAAUUUCUUCGCCUUUUCUGUGACUGUUUUCUGAAGAGAUGUUUGGACAUUUUUUCCGUUGUGUUAUUUGUUUCCCGGAAUUUUUAUUUUUAUCAUUUGUCAUAUUUUCCAGCCAUCCUACCGUAUUCUCGUUUCAGUUUUUCUCUCACUUUCUCUCUCGCGCGCCUAACUGAAACCGUUUUUUUUCUGUUUUCGUCGCAUCUUCAUCUUCUCAUGUCCGCAACAACCCAAAAAUCGCAACAAAAUUGUUGUGUCGCAACCAACGAUUUAUCAGCAAACCUCCCCGUUCGAAAUAAAAAACUGAUAUAAAAAGUGAACAGAGAGAGAAAGAGAGUGUAAAACCAUCACGAACCCGAAAAAAAUGGCUGGCGUCUGCGUCUCUUUGCCCCACAACACUAUCUCGAUUUUUCGUCGCGCCCGUUUCUCCUGAAAAAAAGGCCCGGUGGUAUCCGAAGAAGAAGAAGUGGAAAGAAUUGACAGACCAUGAAACAAAAAAAGAGAAAUGAUAAAAUAUACCUUUUUCAUUAUCGUCUAUCAUGAUAUUGUUGCCAUUUUUCCACACUUUUGUCUUGAUAGAAAUUUGUUCAGUACGAUUAUGGUACUUUGAUAUUAGUGCAAAACUAUCUUUGAUGAAUCGUAAGAGCUCAAGAAUCCAUGUUGUUUAACGCACAAACCGGCUGUAUUAUCAAUAGAGCACGCUUGCUCUUCCGAAUUCAAAUUGUAGUAGCGUAAAUACGCUCCACUGAACAGUACUUUUAAAUAAGGCCUUGCUUAAACGUUCAGUACAUAUUUCCUAGUACAUGUACUAUGCGGUACUAGUACUUGAGGCCUUAGAGUCGAAACCCUGCUAAAGCGUUAAAAAUUUUCGCUACUUUUUUGUUCCGCUCUCAAACCCCCCAAAUGUUCAGGUCAUAUUACUAUGGUCUUUGCCUUUCCUUCUUUUUUUCUAUCUUUACCAGAUUACUGUAAUAAUUUUUAUCAAAUCUGAACUUCUUGUUCUUCUUCUUCUUCUUUCUCUCCCCAUUCCCCAUCAAUCAUCUUUCCAGCUCCACCCCCAUAAACCUACUGUAGUAGUAUCAAACCACAAAAGUUCGUCUUCCCGAAAAUACCGCUCUGCGUCUCUAACCUCUCUUGAUUACCGUAUCAUUCAAACCAAUAAAUUAAACUGUUUUUUGCAGGAAAUGCCCCAUUCUCUAUCCCGACUCUGAGGAAUUCACAGUUCGAUUUUCGAGUGCCGUUCUCCACAAGAAAUACACCGGUGAUAUUAGGAGGCAUGAUGGCUCCCAGUUCAGAGGCUAAAAGCUUCGACGACAUCAAGAAUAUGAAUAUUGACGCAAAGCGUAAUCCAAUUGUUCCAUUUAAUGGAAUUCAACAAGGUAAGGUUUCCGUGUAAAAUAAAAAAAUUCAAAAUAAAACAACGACACUCCGCUUGUUCAAACAGCAAGCGGUGUGUCGUUGUUUUUUUUUUCGCAUUUUUCCUGGAGGAUUCUGUAGAGAAUUCCAAGGGCUACACUGUAUUUUUUUUUUGCAAUUCGAGGGAGACGCAGACUUUAACGUGUGCAGACAAAUCUCUCGCCGAAAAAUGGAGAGAAAUAGUGUGUGGCAGACACACAGCGUGUCGAGACCAGCGAGUGUCUGCGUCUCCUCGAAAUUGCAUUUUUCUAUUGGGAAAAAACACAGUGGCUAGUCUGAAAAAAAAGAAAAAAAACAUAUGUGGCCGAACUUUUGCGAUGGCCGAAAAAUGUUGAGACUUCGGCCACACACAUUUUUUACUUUUUUUUCAAGUUUUCCCCAAAAAAACGCGUGAUAUUUUGCAGGUGAUGCAGCUACCAGUGCAUUCCUUCGAAAUGCAUAUCCACCUUCACAUCAUUUCACAAAUGGUUCCGGUAAGUCUCGUUUUGGGAAUUCAGUUUUUCACAACAAAAAAAGGUUUUCGCACGAGUGGGACGAAAAGUUGUUGAUAAAAAAAGUAUAUUUUGUAACCCUCCCUCCCUAUUUCUUCGACACAAUCUUAAGAGACAAAAAGUGCAUGGCAUUCUCUCAUUUAGUCGAAAAAAAAGAUAUUUUUUGCUGUUUGUGCGGGCCCCCAACCUUAUCAAUCUUCGACCACCCAGACAGACGUUUUUCAUCUCCCCUUUUCUUCUUCUUAGUUUUCUUUCUAUUUUUCAUUUCUACUUAACAUGAUAUUGAACGCUUGUUCAGCCAACUAUUAUUUUUCCUAUUAUCAACUUUUGUUAUGUAAGUGUAGAUAUGUGGCUGAAAGAAGUCAAUUAAUCGGGGUUUUCAUCAUGUUCUUCUCAGAACAUAAGUAAGUCCAAUCGACUUUUAGUUAAAGCAAAGAAGCAUGCAUGCAAAGUUUGUUGGUGGGUCCCUCGUCGCUAGAAAAAAAGAGUAGUUCUUUUUUAGUUGUUCCUCCAGUUGUCUGUCAGACCACCCAUGACGUUAAUAUGCCUUCUCUCACCCCCAUACUAUUUUUUGUCGUUUUUCUCUCGUUUUUUUCCAUCUUCUUCUUCUUCUUCAUCGUUCAUUUUUUACUGCUAUCUUUUCGUGUUGCGAUUUCUCUCUCCGUGGCGCCAUUAUUUAGUGUUUUAUGUGUGUGUUUCUUUUAGUGGCCACCCGCGAAGUUGGGAAAUUGCUGUUUUUAAAGGCGCACGUGGACUCGAUGCGAAGUACAGUUUUCUGUACUUCUCACGGAGAACACUUUCUAGUUGUAUUUUGAUUCGUGGCAGGACCCAUUUGGAAAAACGCGCGAAACAUUCGUCAAAACAGAAUUCUCCACUGUUUUAAAGGCGCAUAACUUCAAAAACAAGGGUCCUAAGGCGAUAUUUGUUUUGGAUUUCUCUCGGAAAACACGAUUUUUCUUAAAAUUCCUCGAAAUUGUCCCGUUUCAUUCUACGUUUUAAAGGCGCACAGUUUCGAUAGGCGUGGUCUUAACGCGAAGAACAAUACUUAUUGGUUUUGUAUUUCUCACGUAGAUCACUAUUUUUGUAGUUUUUCACCGAAUUCGUUCAAAUUUUCCCGCCCAAUCAGAAAAAAUGAUCAAAACUACGGUUUUAAAGCCGCAUACUCUAAAAACAAGGGUCCUGAAGCGAUAUUUGUUUUGUAUUUCUCUCGGAAAACGCCCAUUUUCGUCCCACGAAGAAUUCGUCUUCAUCUACUUUCCCUCAAAAAGUAUAGAUUGCACGAAAAAAGUAGCAGAAGCAGCAUCGAAAAAAUGCAGCUACCGUAUACCCGUUAUACAAACAUUGCAAUUAGUUUACAACCCAAUUAUUAUUCUUCCCUUUUUCGCCCCGUAAACUUGUGUGAGUGUGCCUAGCUGGCUAGUGCGAGAAAAAUUGUGCCAAUUAUGAAUUUUGCGCUGCUGUGUCGGCGCAGAAAAAAAACUUUUUUUCCAUCUUCUUCUUCUUCUUCUUAUUCUACAUUUUUUCAGCCCGCGCCGGGGCUCAUGAACAUGCUCUCAUUACGGGGACGGCGUCCCAGAGAACCAGAGCACUCUCUAAUACUUUUUUGCUCUUUUUAUACACUUUUUUCCAGCCAGCCAGCCUUCAGGGGCUCAGAAAAGGGCGUAUGUAUGUGUAUAUAUAUAUAUGAAAAAAGAUAUGUGUUAGGAAAAGAAGAAGACAGCUUUUUUUCAGCCUGUGGGUGGCCACCGCGAGUUUCUUUUUUCGAUUCAUUCAUUCAGCGUUUUUUCUCCUUCUUCUUCUUGUUUCAGCUCAUAAAUUAUUCGCGCCUUUUUGAAUUUCUGAUCGGCAUAUUCUCUCAAUCUGCUUCUUAGUCAUUUUUUGUCGCUGUGUCAAAAUGUUAUUCUUUUUCCUUUCCGCUAUUUCUCUUGAUUGUUACACAAAGUGCAACUGUUUGAAUUUUUUUUGCCUUUUCCCCACCUACCGUAUGAUUAAGAUGUUUGUUUGAAACAAUAGUUUUCUCUCAUGUCAGUUCAAAACUGAUAAGUUAUUUUUCUCUCAUAAAUAAUGCUCUUAUUAUUUUUGGCCUUAUCAGACAAUUUUCUGACAAAAAAGGAUAAUCUGUUUAAUCUCUUCGACCACCCGACUUUUCUAAUCUUUUUUCUCAUUCUCUUCUAAUUUAUGUCUUCUUCAAUUUGUACUAACUCUAGGAUGGACGACCCCGCCAAAAAACCGGGUAGUAUUCUGAAAAAUUUCAAUCACGAUGAGAACACUUCGGGAUUUCGUCCAUAUCAAAGUCAUCGCGCAAAAAUCAAAAGAAAAUCAUCAGAUAUGGAAUUGAAAAUUGAUUGUGAUGCUGAUUUUGGGGGAGGGCUCAAUAACAACGGCGAACUUCCGCCAGAUCUUGGAGGUUCGAAUGGGAACAGCACACAGAACAUUGGGGGGGGGGCUAGCCUGAGGGACUAGUUAUUUCCUAGUCCCUGUAUUUCUCAGAAAAACUUCUUUCUUUUUUCAGCUGCUCAACAACACCUUCAAAAUCAAGUUUUUCAACAACAACAACAACAACAAUUUGUGCCGAAACUCGAAGAUGGCACAAACAGUUUUACACUUCUUGGCACAAUUCCAAUGACUCGUGAGUUGAGAGAGACGCAGAGAAAUCUGAGAAUGCCCUCAAUAUAUGAAUAGACUCAUUAGACGUGGCAGGUGUAAAAACUUUCGCACAUGAUUACAAAUAUUUUUUCAAAUAAAAAAAAAAAGAAAAAAAAAAUUCCUUUCAGCGCCGCUCAUUUCACCACACCCAAUUUUGGCGCCCUCACCAGCAAGUUUGGUUCAAAACUCGCCGCAUACACCAUUCUCCGCAUUUCCUUCACCAAUCACCGCGCACUCAACACCAUCUUCAGUGCCAAUCGUGAAUUUUGGAACUGCUAUGACGCCAAAUGGUGAAAUCGCGCAAAGUAUUGGACAAUCAAAUAUCAGAUUAACGGCUAAUGUGAGAAAGAAUUAUUUUAUUAUAAGUAGAUAAUUGAAUUUUGGAAAGGGGAGGCGAAAAAAGAAGUACCGUAGUCUCCCCGAAAAAUAUGAUUUUGCUAUAAUCAUAAUCUAGACUUUUUUUCGAAAAUCAAAAAACAAAAUAUGAUUUUUUUUUUCAAAUAGAGGGGUUUUAUGAAAUACCGUGGUCCAAACUGCAAAAUUCAACUCCUAAUAUGAGUAAUGCCGUGGUAAAUUUGAAAAAAAAAAGUUUUUUUUCAAAAAAAAACCAACGCGCGUUGCGCGACACACGAGAAAAAUUGUGUGCGCCUUUGAUGGGGUGUACGGUAGGAGUAUUCGUAAAUUUUUUAUUUUUUUUCUUUUUUUGUGGGUUUGAGAGCUUUUCCACGUCAUAACUCAUAUUUGGAAUCAAAAAUCACCAUGAAUUUCAUCGAAAAAUUGUUUUUUUGCAGGGUAAGCGAGUUGGCCGACCGCCAGGAACAUUCAAACGUCCACCAUAUGACAUUUCUCAAAAUUUCUACAAAAUGAAGUAAGCGCAUCAAAAACUUCUCCAAAAACACACAAAAAUCAAUGUUUUUUCAGUUCUUCUAAAAGCAAUUCUUCAAUUGAUGAUAAAGGCGAAGAGGAAAUCGAUGUUGAAACAUUGAUUGAUGUGACUUGUCACUGGAAUUCGUGUGGACAAAAGUUUUCAACAAUGAAAGGAUUGGUGGAUCAUGUCAAUGAGAAACACGUUGUUUCGGCUUCACAAGUUCAUCACGCGUGGAAAUGUGAAUGGGACGGUUGUGAUAGAACUGAGACAUUCCGCGCGGUUUAUAUGUUGAUUACUCAUGUUAGACGACAUACUGGAGAAAAACCAAAUAUGUGUGAUGUAUGUUUUUAAUUGGUUUUUUUUUCAAAAAUAAUUAGAAUCUUAUUUGCAGUUUCCUGGCUGCAACAAGAAAUAUAGCCGCUUGGAGAAUCUCAAAACGCAUCGUCGAACUCAUACCGGUGAAAAACCGUAUCUUUGCGAAUUCAAUGAUUGUCGAAAAGCGUUCAGCAAUGCUUCCGAUCGUGCCAAGCACCAGAAUAGAACACAUUCGAAUUUGGUGAGUCAGCAGACUUUUGGGGAAGAAGAGUAACAUAGAUAGUAUGUAGUGACUAAGAUGAGUAAUCGACAUUUUUUUCUUGGGGUACUGUGACAUUUGAAAAUGGAAAGAAUAGAAAGUUUGGAGAGGAAGCAAGCAAAUGACAUUUUUAUUAAUUGGCAAUUAAAAAAUGUCUUGAGAAGAAAUGGGGAAUAUUUGAAAAGGAUCUAAAAUCAGGAACCUAAGGCGUCCAAAAAUCGUAGAGACAACGUGAGAUUGAGAGAGUGCAGACAUUGAUUUUCCUGUCUGCGCUCUCUCAAUUUCACGUUGUCUUUACUCCAAAGAUUUUUUGUGUUUUUUAUUUUACAAAAUAUUAAUCUGCAAAGUUUUCAAGCGAAAAAUCUAUCGAAGAUUUGAAAAAACAACAAAUUUGAAAUUGAAAUUUGUCCAAUGAAAAGUUUGUUGAAUUUUUAACCAGAAUAUUGUAUCUAAACAAAAAUUCAAUAAUUUUCCAGAAGCCAUACGGUUGUCCAAUUGAAGAUUGCACAAAAUCAUAUACCGAUCCAUCUUCCCUUCGAAAACACAUCAAAGCAGUUCACGGAGAUGCGGAAUAUGAAAGAGCGAAGAAAUUGAGACCACAAGUGAAUGUGAAGAAGCAAAGAGAGAAGCUACAAUCUCAUCAGCAACAUCAGCAACAACAACUUCAACAAAACCAUCAACAACAGCAAAAUGCGAUGGUCACCAGCUAUUUCCUACGAAACAAAAUGCUGAUGGAUAUUCAAAAUAAUGUUAUGAUGCAACAUCAAGCGGUGGCGGCUGCGGCGGCUUUUGCGCAGCAGCAAGCUCAUUUGACUCAACCAUUGUCGCAUCAUCCAAAGAUUUUCGCGCCAGUUCCGGUGAGAAUUGUGCCGAAAAUGAUUGAAGAUCAGGAAAUGAACAGUGAAGAUGAUCAAGAACACAAUAAUAAUAGUAUUGAGGAUGAUGAAGAGGAGGAUGAGGAGAAAAUUGAAGACAUCCCAACAUCUUCAUCGAAUAAUAGUAGCCAAGGUGGAAAUGAUCGAGAUGGAGGUGGAAGAUCGAGUGGAAUAUCGAUGAGUUCGAAUAAUUCGUCGAAUGUUGAGAGUAUGAUUGUUGAACAAGUUGCGGAGCAAACAGGAGGAGGACGAAGUAUGUUUACUAAAUAUUUUGAAAGAUCUCAUAUUGAGUUUCAGGCUUUACCGAUUUCUCGAUUGAUCGAAUUCUUUCAAUGGCAGUACGUUCAACAUGUCCAAAACAAAUCAUUGAUUGUGAGUUUUUUUUCGUUCCCUGAGGAUUUUUAUUCAAUUUUUUCAGUAUUCGUUCAUGCUGCGGCAGUCUGUGAAAAUGAUACACAAUACGGACAUUUGUGUUUUAUUCUCAAGAAGUAUUUGGCAACUCGGAAUAUUCCGACAGAACAAGUGCGCAAAGAUCAAUUCAUUAUUUCGCAAUUUAUGGUGCCGAGAAUCGAAAUUGACAGUGAGGAAGGGCCAUUGAUUCGCCCGCCAAGUCCCCCUCCACCACCGGUUCAAAUCGCCCCGCGCCCUCCACAGCCGCCAGUUCCAAUUGCACCUCGUCCACCACCAGCUCCGCCGGCACCACGCCGACAAUCUCCACCGCGAUCAACUCAACCAAGAAUUCGUGUUGCUCAAAUAAUGCCACCGGUUUUGGUAGCACAACCAAAUCAACGGUUGGAAUUGAUCACCGAUGAAAUCGAGGUGAAUGUGGAGGAAGAAGAAGUAGCGGCAACCGAUGGAACUUUGACUGCUGCAAGAGUUGCGAGACCAAUUCAGAAUGUUCGGAGAAUUAAGAAUGAUUUGGCUCCACAACCGCAAAAUGCACCACAACAGCAACAAAAUAUAAAUCUUGAAUCUCCAGACGUUCCGGAAGUAAUGCUAUCUGACGCAGCAUUGGAAUUUUAUGAGGAGCCAAUAAGUUAUCUGGUGGAUCGGCCGAAUGUUGAAACUCAAGAGCAAUUUUAUAACGAUCAAACUAGACACGCAGAUGUUCAUGCUGAAAAUGGUUCGUCUAGUGGAGCACGAGAAGUUGUUCAAGCAAGAAGAGCGGUUGUUGCGAGUUAUCAAGAGAAUUUUGCAAGUAUGCCACAUGGAAUGCAAAAUUCUGGUUCUUCUUCUUCAUCUUCUUCUUCAAAUGACCCGCCAGAAAAUCACAAUUAUAAUAAUCAAAAUAAUUCGCAUCAAAAUUGGGACUUUUCACAACGUCAACAGCAACCGGAAAAAGAAUAUACAACUGAUUCUGAAGGUGAAGAUGAUGAGGAGAAGAAGAAAUCGAAGAAGAAACGAAGAAAGCCAAAGACUGACGAGAAAUCGGCUGAAUCUUCGUCAUCUUCAACAACUUUUGAGAAUUCGUUCAAUUUGGUUCGAUAUGUGAGUUCUGAGAAUAAGGUGAGCAUUUUUUUUUUGAAAAUGCAAACUGGCCGGAUACGUGCCAAAAAUUCAAAAAUUUCCAAAAAACAAUUUUUUCAAAAAUUCUUUCCCGCCCAAAUCAAAAUUUUGAUUUGGGCGGGAAUUCAAAAUUUCCAAAAAAAAUUUUUUUUUCAAAAAUGUUUUCAAGUUUCGAACCGUUUUUCAAUUUUUGGCAAGUUUCUGGCCAGUUUGCAUUUGCCUGUGAAAAGCAGAAAGAUGCCUUUCUAAAAUCUUGAAUUCAAAUCCAAAUUCUAAAUUUUCAGAUUCUCUCUGAUGAAGUUGACAAAGUCACCGAACAAAUGCGUAAUAUGGAUAGUGAUGGAUAA